GACAUUCUUUUGAGGGACUGUAUCUAAGAGUAUUCAUGGUCAAGUUUGACAUGUUUGUCAAAUUAAAUGUUAAAUAUCGCACUUAAAUGACCAGCACUUAGCUUCAGCUGGAAAAUGUCUGCACAGCGUUUAGCUAACAUUUUUUAUUCUCUGUUAACGAUGGUUAACUUUUAGCAAUUGUUGGCCAAUAAUUCAUCCGGUCGGAUUUAAUCUAACACCAAAGUACAUUUUUGUAACUUAUCUAAUCUUUAGCUUUAAAUACUUUUAUUGUUGCCUUCAAAGUCAAAACUUGAUCAUAUUGAUCUUGACAAAUCAGUUUUAUUUGGACCUGUAACAGGACAUGCUGUUUAUUUAUUAUUCAGAUUAAUUUAAAUUUAUUUCUAGAUCCUUUCUGCUGAAGUUUAUGAAAAAGGUUUUCAGAAUUUAGACCAGACACAUGACGUCACAAAUACCCGACCAAUAGUAUCUCAGAGCCUUCUGAAAUGGGGCGUGGCUUUGCUCAGAGGAGGCAGAGCAAUUAAAGUGAAGGGAGCGCAAUUUAAAGGCCAAAGCCCUGCGGACGCGCACAGAGCAGGAGGUAUUUCCACGUGCACGCGCACAGACUGAGAGAGUCUCGGUCGCUCAUUCCUGGAAGUUAAAGCCGAGAAGCCGCGAACGGAGCUGCUGCUGAUGUUAGUGCUGCUGCUGCUGCUGCUGCUGCGUUAUCACCCAACACGAAGAGGAAGAGAAGUGAUUAACUUUUUUAAAACCUAUUUUUAUCUAUUGACUUUUUUCUUCUCCUAAUCUGCUGGAAUUAACAUUUUUGAUGGGAUUAUUGGUUUAAACUGAGGCGCUCACACCGCGGCUGUGCUCCUGCUGCGGUAUCUGCUCCUCUCUGAGUUGCAGCCUCCUCUUUCUCCUUCCAAGACUCCUCUUUUCUUCCUCUCUAUGAGCACCUCCUCCUCCGCCUCCUCCUCUUUCCUGGUGAUGCAGCGCAGCGCCUUUAGCAUCGACUCCCUGAUCGGCGGAGCUCCGCAGUCCUGCAGCCCGGGUCACUUCCUCUACCCGGGCUACCCGGCCAUGUUCAUGCCCUACCGCUCCGUGCUCCUCCAGCCUCCUCCUCCGCCACCUCCCGCUCCUGCUCCUGCAGCACCUCCUCUCCAUUCCCACCAUCCGCACCUUCCGACUCUGCAGAGCGGCUUCUGCUCCAGCCUGGCGCAGGGAAUCACGCACGGACUGGCGCUGAUGGCCGGGUUCUCCGGCUCCCAUCACCACCACCACCACCUCCACCCCCAGAACCAGAACCAGAACCAAAACCAGAACCAGACCAUCAACCAGAGCCAGGACCAGGAGGCGCACAGGAAGCUGGUGUUGGACAAAACACAAGAGACGGAGAACGGAAAGAGUUUCCAGGAUGUGGACUCAGUCAGGCUGAGGAGAGACGGUUCCAGAGAGGACGAGAACCUCGCAGCUCGCAGAGAAGCCGAGUCUUUUUCGCUGGACUCGGAUUUGGACUACAGCUCCGACUCGGACCACGCCGCCUCCUCCGGCCACAGGGAGGAUGCAGAUGUAGGAGGAGCAGAAGGAGGGCCGGAGGAGGCUGGCCACAUGCACAGCUCCGGUGCCGGAGGAGAAGGUUCGGCCGGCAGCACAGGGGGAGCAGGAGGAGGAAAGAACCGUAGGCGGAGGACGGCCUUCACCAGCGAGCAGCUGCUGGAGUUGGAGAAGGAGUUCCACUGUAAAAAGUACCUGUCACUCACCGAGCGUUCACAGAUCGCGCACGCGCUCAAACUCAGCGAGGUGCAGGUCAAGAUCUGGUUCCAGAACCGCCGAGCCAAGUGGAAACGAGUCAAGGCCGGAAACGUCAACAACAAGUCUGGGGAACCGUCACGGAACCCAAAGAUCGUGGUACCGAUUCCGGUUCACGUGAGCCGCUUUGCCAUCAGGAGUCAGCACCAACAGAUGGAGCAGAACAGACCAUAGAAGAGGGACAGCGAGCCACCUGAAGGCUUUCACUUUUGGAAAGGUCAGACGUUCGAUUCCCCACGGUUCAAAACUGAGGCUGAAUCAAGUGCGACAGUCGCUCAGUCACGUGACCUUAAAUUUAUUAUUUCAUCAAAGCAACGAUUCUAACGUUUGCUCUGAUUUUUAUUUAACUCUUUGAUUUGCACUGAUUUAAACUUUUUAUUGUCAAAUUCCGACAAGAAGAAAAGCUACAAAGAAAAAACAUAUGAAAAAAAAAACAACAAAAAACUGAGCUCAUUUCACAGACUGACGGUGUCACGUGAGGCAGUGACGUGGCAAAAUUAAUCUUUAAUUUCAUUAGUGGGUUUUGACAGGUCUGGUCAUCGCACCUUGAAUUACGUGUCGGACUUUUCUGUUCUGUGCGGAUUUUCACUUUAAUCCUUGGAACUGAGUCAGGAUUAAAGUUGACUUUUUCAUCCUGAGAGGAUGACAUAAAAAAAACAUAAAACAAAAAACUGUGACGAUGAGACGAAAAUUAAAAAGAUUUUGUAAAUAAAAUCAUCAUGGGACCAAAAGUCAAGAGGUGACGUCAUGUCCGUCUGUGAAAUUUAAAGGAAAUAUAUUUCUCUGGACAAAAGUGAGGCCGGUGAUUUAUUUAUGUUUUGUCAAAGACGUAAAGAAACAAAGUGAAGAUGUUUUAAUGUGUGGAAUUAAAAGAUGUGAAAAUGUCUCCAUGUCUUUGAUGGCCAAAAAUACCUAUAAUGAUGACAUAUUAAUAAUUAUUGAUUGAUGAUGAUUGGUUAAUCACAAGAGAAAGAUCUAACCGCGAGGGGCUGACGUAUCAGAGCUGCUGCCGACAAAUAGUUCAUAAUGUUCUGAUUUUGGAUUUUGAAGAAAAAGAUAAUAAAUUUUUUUUGAAAAAGUUCAACAGAUUUAAAGGAACAACUAGCGUUGAUACUGGUCAGCAAGAUAUCA